GUGCGGCAUGUAUGUUGGCAAGAGUGGAGCAAGAACGUCUGGAGAGUCUAAAGUACGAGAGAGCGACGAUCUACGUAAAGUGCGUGGAAGAGAACGAGGAUCCAAAGACGGAAAGCGACUUGGAGCAAGUGGCUGCGAAGAGAGCCAAGAUAGAGAACGUGAGGCCGUCGAGGACUCGGAGGAACUUGAAGGGAUCUCACGAGCUCAAAGUUUCGUCAGAGAUCACGUUGAAGGAGCUCAAAUUAAUGACGAUGCAGAUCUGUGGCGCAGGACCAUACGAUCAACACCUGAUGCUGGGCGAACACGAGCUCACCGAUCACAGUCAAAGUCUCGCGGCGCUUGGUAUAUUUCCCGGGGCACUUCUCACCUUGAAGAUCGAUACGCCGAUAGAAAACGAGGCAGACGUAACGGCGGACGCGAGCAACCCCGAGGUCACCUUCCCGGAAAAGGGCUUCAAGGGAACGGAAUUGGUGCCAAGCUGAUUUGCAUCAUCGAAAAUCAGGGGAUAGCCAAUUGCCGUGUGGCGGGACGUUCAAUAACGAUAGUCGAUUCAACAUAAAAUAUUUUUGUACACGAG